AACUCACGGAGACCCUCUCUCUCUCUCAACGGCCUUCGCGAUCCUUCUCCAAUCCCUAAACCGCUGCGUUUCGAUCGGCUUUUCUUCUUCCUUCUUAUUCUCCGUGUUCGAAAACCUAGGGUUUCCGCGGACCUCGUUGAAGCUUAAUCCUCCACCAGUUUUUAUCCAAAUUGUUUGAUGACCUUGUGGAAACAGUUGAAACAUGACGUCGAGUAUGUUGUCUGGGGAUCGGAGGUGGGCAUCUUCUUCCAGAAGAGGUGCAAUGACUGUUUUAGGAAAAGUUCCGAAGCCGAUAAACUUACCCAGUCAGAGGUUAGAAAAUCAUGGUGUAGAUCCAUCUGUGGAAAUUGUUCCCAAGGGCACUCUCAGUUGGGGCAGUAAAUCAUCAUCUGCAUCCAAUGCAUGGGGAACCUCAUCACUAUCUCCAAAUACUGAUGGUGGCACUACAUCACCAAGCUACCUCAGUGGCCACAUUUCAUCAGGAAGUGGAACUAGACCAUCAACUGCUGGUAGUGAUAAAUCUCAUGAACCUACUUCCAAUGCAUGGGGUCCCAACUCCAGGCCAUCAUCGGCAUCUGGUGUCUUGACAUCAAAUCAGACGUCACUGGCAUCAUUGCGUCCUCGCAGUGCAGAACCAAGGCCUGGGAGUUCACAGUUGUCAAGAUUUGCUGAACACUCUGAACAUCCAGUGGCAUGGAGUGCUCCUGGGACUGCAGAAAAAUUGGGAGUGACAUCCUCAAAGAAAGAAGGGUUCUCCCUCACUUCUGGAGACUUUCCAACACUUGGUUCUGAAAAGGAUAAUUCAGGGAAGAAUGCAGAUUCACAAGAUCACAGUUCUUACUCUCGCCCGGGCUCGUCUUCUGGUGGUGGAGUGGCAAAGGAGGCAACUGGGACUUCUGUAGUUGGUGAUAUCUCUGCAAAUGCAAGUGUGAAGAGUGGAACUGUUAAUUCUUGGAAAAGAGAAAAUCCCUCUUACAAUGAAGAUGGAGGUAGACCUGGGAUGGAGAAGUGGCAGGGCAAUCCCCAGCCUUACCCUGGUGCUAGUGUCCCUCAACAUUAUGAUGCAUGGCAUGGUGGUUCUGUUCACCCGCAAGGUGGUCCAGUACCUCACCCCCAAGGUGGUGUUUGGUUUAGAGGUCCUCCAGGGGGUCCUCCUUUUGGGGCUCAGGUCCCUCCUGGUGGCUUCCCAAUGGAGCCAUUUCCAUAUUAUCCACCACAAAUCCCAGCCGGUGCUCUUGCAAAUGCACAGCAUAUUCCUCCAACUGGACCAGGACCAAGGGGACACCAUCCUAAAAAUGGAGAGAUGUACAGACCUCAUAUGGCAGAGGCAUAUAUCCGCCCCGGUAUGCCAAUUAGACCUGGAUUUUAUCCUGGUCCUGUGCCCUUCGAGGGAUAUUAUGGUUCACCCAUGGGAUAUUGCAAUUCAAAUGAACGUGAUGUCCCAUUUGUGGGAAUUCCAGCUGGUCCUCCUGUCUAUAACAGGUACCCUAGCCAAAGUGCUCCUGAGCCUGGCAGACCUUGUGGAUAUGGUCCCACCAACCAAACAGUGGCACCAGAGAAAAUAGAAUCUGGUCAUCCACAUGAUACACGUGGACCAUACAAAGUUCUUCUGAAGCCGCACGAUGGUUGGGAUAGAAGAAAUGAAGAACAAAAAGGUGAAGGUGCUGUAACAACCAAUGCAUCAUGUCUUGAGAACGAGGACCAAUCAAGAGCAUUGUCAUCAAAGAAUGAUUGGAGAUCAGAUUGCAGAAAGGAAGGAGAGAGGGACCGAAGAGGUGAAAGACCUACGUCUCAGAAUUCUGACCGAGGAGCUUCUUCUGCUCGUAUCAAAGUCAAGUCCCCUGAAAGUUUGAGUAAUAUGAGGGCAGUUGAUACCAUUCCAGUGAAGAAAUUAGAUACUGAAGCCUGUGGCACACAAGAUAUUGCACAAACACUCUCAGCAAAAGAUACUAGUCUGAUUCAAAAAAUUGAGGGAUUAAAUGCCAAAGCACGAGUUUCUGAUGGACGAGGUGAUACUGCAUUUGUUUUCAGUAGGGAGGACCAAAGUAAGACUAACCAAGACAACCCUAAAUCUAACAAUUCAGUAAAUGAACCUGGUAGUGGCUCGGGCACUGAAAUCAUACAUUCUUCUCAUGAAGUCAGCAGUGGAAUUUUCAGGCGACCUACCCAUGGCAUGCACAGUAGAUCAGAUAAUCGUGGUAGAGGAAGGUCUAAUAACCAAGAAGGUCACAGCUGGGGGAAGAAAUCCUUGGUCUCUGAACCAACAUCUGUGGCACCAACAGCAAAUAUAAAAGUCCAUUCUAAUGAUCUUUUGCAUGACAACAUUGCAUCCAUGGAAGCUAUUGAAAAGCCUGGAUCUCAUCCACAAGGCAGACGUGAAGACGACUCAUUGACUCCAGUGUUUGAUCUGAAUGAUUCUGAGGCACAGCGCGCUCAGAUGAGGGAACUAGCUAAGCAGCGUACCAGACAGCUUCAGGAGGAAGAGGAAGAGCGGACACGAAGGCAGAUGGCCAAAGCUCGAGCAAAAUUGGAAGAGCUGAAUAGACGUACUCAAUUGGUGGAUGGUUCAAAUCAAAAGUUUGAAAAUUUCUCCAGUGGUGACAUCCAGAUUAAACAAGAAGAAUCUCAACCUUCUGGUGAACCACGAGUGGCUGUUAGGAAAUAUGACUCGCUAGUCCCAGCUUUGGGUUCUAACCUCAACACUAUUGCACAGAGUGAUGAGAGCACCAGUUUAAAAGUUGAAAAAUCAACUGUUCCAUCAAUUGAGCUGCCUCCAGAGAGACCAAAGAGUGCCUACAAGGAGCCCAUUUUCAUGCAUGAUCAACCUGUCCCUUCGCAGCAGCAGGUUACUAUUGCUAAUACUGAUCAUCACAACACUGCUCCUCAAGCUCAUGAUAGCAGUAUCUCAAGGCAGAACCAGACACCUAAACAAAAGCAGAACACUCAGUUGGAAAAGAACUCUACUGGGAAGAAUACUUCCACUAGCAUGACUGACGCACCAAAUAGUCAGAAAGGUGCGGUUGUUAAGGCAUCCUCAUCUGGUGGAAUUGGAGCUACUUCAAUCGCUUUGAGUACUGAGUCAAGCUUGACUGCAAAUUCUAGUGCGAUACUCGAGUCAUCUUCUCAUCCAAGAAAGAAAAGUAAUAAAAGUGGCAAGAGCAAGCAGAGAGCGGAGCAUUCAUCAUUUGUGGCUGCCAUACCAUCAUCUAUAUCAAAUGAUCCAAAUCAUGCAAAGACUACUAUAGAAAGUGGAAAACCAAAUGCAUCUAAGGUGGAUUUAGAUCCUAGCUCAGGUCAGUCACAGUCCCUUUCUAGGGAUGCAUAUCAGUCGAUGGAGCAGAACUCAUCUUUACCAAGUGAAGAAUCUCAAGGUAGAUUAAGUGGCCAGUUGAAAUCUCAGCAUUCUCACCGGAUGCCUAGAACUUCACAAGCAGUCAGGCACUCAGUAAAAUUUCAGAGCAAUGAUGCUGUUAUCUGGGCACCAGUUCGGCCACGGAACAAUACUGAUGUAGCUGAUGAUACCAACUCCAAAACUGAAGCUGGGGCUGUCACUGCUGCAAAGAGCGACCAUCAAGCACAAAUUAAUUCAAGAAAUAGGAGGGCGGAAAUGGAGAGAUAUGUUCCAAAACCUGUAGCUAAAGAGAUGGCACAUCAAGGAAGCACACAACAAACAAUUGUUUCUGAAGUGCAGCAGACUGCAAUAAAUGAGAACAUUAGUGGAUCAGAUUCUGGUCCUCAAGGUGCUGAAAAUUCUCAACCUGGUGUAGCUAUGGGGAAAGCUGGUUUUGCUGUAGAUUCCAGGAAUGGGAGUAACAGGCAUAAUAAGCAGGGAAAAGCACAUGGGCCAUGGCGACAACGGGGGUCAAAAGAACCAACAAACAUGCAAGGUUUCGAAGAUGGACCAUCAUAUACUUCAAAUGUUGGUCAGAGUGAUCUUGGCUCAGUGACUGAUCAACCAAAGAAUACUGAUGAUUGGAAUGAUGGAUGGAACAUGCCCGAGGAACCCAGCACUGCUGUACCAGUCUCUGCAUCUAUUGUUGUAAAAGAACAUGGAAUGAUACCUGGUAGGCGAAGGCAGCAUUCAUUCAAGGGACACAAAACUGUGGCAAAUAUUCAUGAUCAUGAGCAAAAGAAAGGCUAUAGGGGGGAUGGUGACAGAGUCUACAACAAAUCUCACGCAUCUGAAAUGAGUCAAACAGACUUACCAUCUGCUUUGAAAGAGAAUCAAGCUGUUGGGGAACAUUCAAUGCCUCAUUGGCAGCCCAAAUCUCAGGCAUUUGCAGCCGAUAAUCAUCAGGGAAACAGAGUUAAUGGUCCUGACAAAGAUACCACUGAAAAUGUGGCUCAGCAUCGACAUGAUCAAUACAAGUCCGAAAGAAACAAUGCAGGGGAAGGACAGAACAGGAGAGAGAGGAAAACAACACACAGAGGAUGCCCUAACUCCCCACACCAUGGUCCUGUGAGCCCAGUGGAACUGACUCCUCCUGUUAUGGAUGCUAGACAAGAGCAUCAGUUUCAAACAGGGUUUCGCAGGAAUGGAAAUCAAAACAAUCGUUUCAGCAGAAGUCAAGAGUCUCGUGGGGAUUGGAACUACUCGGGGCAUGAUGGUAGGCAGCAAAACCGCCCUGCAAAUCGGGACAGGCAGAGUUCUCAUUUGGAGUACCAGCCAGUUGGGUCAUACAACAGCAGUGACAAAUUUAACAGUACCGAGGGACCUAGAGAAGGUUCUCAGACCUGGGGCGGUGGAAGGGUCAAGGAAAGAGGCCAGAGUCAUUCGAGACGUGGUGGGGGGAACUUUCAUGGACGGCAAAGUGAGACUGUUCAUGUAGUGCAGGAUAUGAAGUAGUAGCAAAAAAAAUUAAAUGACUAAAGAUGAGUUUAUUAUUGAUGAAACCGCUCUUUCCCACAUUUGCAUCAUGAGCCAGUGGCAGUAGCAGUGGAAGUGGCUUGAUCUCAGCCUGUUUACAGGUAUUCUAGUAAUACAGAUGUCAUUUACUAUGUUUACAUUGCUGGGCAGACAACUAAAGACUUGUUUGCACUCAGCAGGGUUUAUGGCGAAGUUGAUGGUGUUAAAUUAGGUAGCGUCUUGGAGGUAGUCAGAUUGGUGCAUUUCCUUUUGGAUUGAAAUGAAUCUGAUGUGAAAACAUUGUGAUGUGGUCAUCCUCUGUAACCUGUGGAACUCUUUAUCAUUUUAUUUGUUUCUAUUAGCCUUGUAUUUACUUGUAGUGACUCAUAAUUCCUUUGCUUCUAAUAUGAUGCGGCGACGAAAUGAAAUUAGAAGAAGUUAUGGUU